AUGCCCUCCAGAGCUUAUCAACCAGCAGCCCCCGAUUCGGUCGGGAUGGCCGAUGCUCUGGAUCACGAUGAAGUCUUUGAUCAUACGCCUGCGCCUCAAGCCGCGUCCUCGGCAGUUCCCGCUCCUGUCAAUGCCGGCCCCAUGAUUCGUGAUCAAGUGGCAUUGAAACCAUUCUCUCCUUCGUUUGGGGCUCCCAAACAGAUCAAACCCAAGGCGCCUUUUAUGUCGUAUCCAACCACCACUUCGGUAGGUGGAAUGGGAUUGCCGACGGACCCGAAACAGGUCCAGGAACAAAAGGCCAAACUGCACAAUAUGGGCGUCACGUACCAACCCAACGUAGCCGCUCCCAAGCACCCUGAACCCAAACAAACCACCAUUGGCGAUGCACCACCCGCCAUGAGUACCAUGCUCAACAAUAUUCCCGCCUUUGCACAAGAAGUCUAUGGCGAUGCGGCACCCAAUCGACAAUUACCAGAACCCUUAAUGAAUCAUCCUCGAAAUCAGCAGCAACAAAGCGCAGCUCCACCACCCAUUCAAAAAGUGGCAGCGCCACCACCGCCCAUGGGGAGAGUGGCAGCGGCUCCACCACCAGCGCCUGUAGCAGCUCGUGCUCCUGUAGUAGCACCCGCCCCAGCUCCUCCUGUGGUUCAUAGACAAGCAGCACCCGCUCAACCAGCUUCCAAACCAGCCCCAGCCCCACAACAACAACAAACCGAGGACACUUCGGCCGCCAUUCCCAAAAAUGCCAAAAAGGUAGUCACGACGACCACCACCACUACCAAAAUUGUAGAUGGCAAAGAGGUGACCGAAACACAUGUGCAUCACUCGGUGGUGGUCAAGAAAAAGGGAUUUGGAAUGCCAAAAUUCUUGAAAAAUUUGGGAGGAGCCAAAGAAAAAAAGACCACCACCACGACCACCACCACCACAGAGGAGUAA